AUGAGCCAAAUUAACCGACAGUUAUCUAAUUUUAUCAAAAUAUGUCCAGGAGGUGAAAACAUGAGGGAAGGCGACAUGGUACAAGUGAGCGUAUCCAGGGCGCCACAAACUGAGGAAAGUCGUGUCCGUUUUACUAAAAACUCAGCGGGGAACAGAGCCGGCGGGGUGAGCCAUUCUGACAAUGCAGGCGCAAACAUUUACGGAUCUGGACACACGAACCCGCAAGUCUGUAACACGGAAAAACGUUGCAGUCAUCCAGCUGCGCUUCAUCAAGGAGGGGAGUCAAACGCUGACGACCGUGUGGGCAACAGCCGCUCAAAUUCUGCCUGCGCCACGAUCUCAGAAACAGCCAGAGAGGUUCGUAAAGCUGUGUCUGUGUCGCUGGGACUGGCCAUGGAGCCCAAUGAAAUGAGCGACCUGGAUCCCUCUCUCCCCCUCUCCCCGAGUGUGACAAAUGACCAGAUGCCAGGAGACAAUUUCUUUGGAGCAGGAGCCGCCCCUCUGAAUUGUCCCGAAGCCCAGGCGGCUCUUUGUGAGUACAAGUGCCCCGACCCAAACGACCGGCCUCUGCACAGCGGAAAGCAACUGGUGGAAAUGUUUGAAAGUUCAGAGGAUGCGGAUCUGCAACAACUCGCCUCCAUUCGUGCGCCUGCGGAUGAGCAAGACUUAAGACUCAGUCAGGCUGAUGGCAUAACUUCAAAGGAGAUAGAUUAUCUGGACUCAGCGCGCCUUGACUCUUGCCCUUAUGGCCCAUUAGUUGCAGACAGCAUGCCACACUUCGGCCACACUGUCACGGAGAAAGCGUCCCAUGCUUACAAACACCCGGGACAUGCGAGAGACGUCGCUGAAGCCAUGGAGGUCAAGUAUGUUGAGUACCUGCAAGAACAGUGCAGCUUCAAAAUAAAAUCCGAGGCCAUCAACAGUUCACCUUUUGGGACAGUAUGGGGCACCAACUACACUUACAGUGACAACCGCAGCUCUCAUUUUGGAGGCUCAAGGCACAGCGCAAAUGCGCUCAGUGCAGGAGCAAACACCACGUUCAUAUGUAAUCCAUAUGAGAGGAGCGCCAUGCGCCCUGAGCUGCCGAGCGCCGAGCAGUGGCACCCUGCGGGGAUGGUGGGCAGGCCGCCCUAUCCCAACUCCAGCUACGUGAAAAAUGAAGCCGGCGACUGGAUGGAUGUCUCCUACAGCGAGGCCAGGUUUGAUGGUGGCAAAGAUCACAUGUUCCCCAUGGAGUUCUUCUUUCCACCACAGAGGACUUGUCUUAUCUGUGCAGACGAGGCGUCCGGCUGCCACUAUGGUGCCCUCACAUGUGGCAGCUGUAAAGUUUUCUUCAAGAGAGCUGCAGAAGGCAAGCAGAAAUACCUGUGUGCAAGCAGAAAUGACUGUACUAUUGAUAAGCUAAGAAGGAAGAAUUGCCCUUCGUGUCGGCUGAAGAAGUGUUUUGAAGCUGGAAUGACUCUUGGAGCACGUAAACUAAAGAAGAUCGGACAACUGAGAAACCCUGAGGAGGACACUCCUGUGCAGGACCCCGCCGAGGUUAUGCAGUCUAUCUCCCCUAAAUCUGGCCUGAACUACCACUCGCAGCUGGUGUUCCUCAACAUCCUGGAGUCCAUCGAGCCGGAGGUGGUGAAUGCAGGACACGACCACGCUCAGCCAGACUCCGCCGUCGCUCUGCUCACCAGCCUCAACGAGCUCGGCGAGAGACAACUGGUCAAAGUGGUCAAAUGGGCAAAAUGUUUGCCAGGUUUUAGAAAUCUGCAUGUGGAUGACCAGAUGACUGUCAUUCAGCAUUCAUGGAUGGGAGUGAUGGUGUUUGCCUUGGGCUGGAGGUCCUACAAGAAUGUCAACGGCAGGAUGCUUUACUUCGCCCCUGAUCUCGUGUUCAAUGAUCAUCGGAUGCACAUCUCAACCAUGUACGAGAACUGCAUACAGAUGAAACAUCUGUCCCAGGAGUUUGUCCUGCUGCAGGUCACUCAGGAAGAGUUCCUCUGCAUGAAGGCCUUGCUCCUCUUAAGCAUUAUUCCAGUCGAGGGUCUGAAGAGUCAGAAGUACUUUGAUGAUUUGCGUCUCACCUACAUCAAGGAACUUGAUCGGCUCAUUAACUAUCGAAGGAAGACCAACUGCUCUCAGAGAUUUUAUGAGCUCACCCGCCUCAUGGAUUCUCUACAACCGGUUGUAAUGAAACUCCAUGCGUUUACGUUUGACCUUUUCAUCCAGGCUCGGUCACUGAACACAAAGGUCAGCUUUCCAGAGAUGAUUGCAGAAAUAAUCUCAGUACAUGUACCAAAGAUGUUGGCAGGUUUGGCCAAGCCAAUCCUGUUUCACAAAUAGACAAUUUUUUGUCAUCUACAGUGACUCAUCUUGGCUCCCUCCUAAAACUUAUAACUAAGGCUUUGUACUGUUUCUGUACAUCUUCAGUCUGUACAUCUUCAGUCUAAUAGCACUUAGCCCUAUUUUGUAACCAUUAUCUUAUUGCAUGUUUUUUUUUAUUUUUUUUUUCAUUUAUACGUAAUUGAACUGUUUUCUAAAACUUCAACUUUUAUCUCGAGAGCUGCAAAGCCUCAGCUGGAGUCUGUUUCUGUGGUUGGGGGUAAACAACUGGAGAAGAGGUUCUGCUUUACAUCAGCAGCAAGUCUGUAAAGAUGAAUGAGCACAGCAAUCUCUACUUAAAAACUGCCCUUUAAUUGUAAUAUUAAAAAUGACAUUUCAUUCACCUGUUGGCCCUGACACAUACGACUGAGUGGUAGUCAAGUAUAUUAACAACUAAAAGAUGAAAAUAAGAAUGCUGGCAAUGAGAAUUGGCUAACAUAAAUAAGCAAAAAGUAAUUUCUCAUUGGUUGAAUAAAAAUCUGUGUAUAAUUACUGCUUUCAGGUGAUCCUUGUACGGUCCUACUUCUGAAACUGGUUGUCAUUAGUAGAACUUGUCACACAUGCAGAUGUUUUCAUCACAUAACAAUAGUACUUUUCAUGGUUUUUGGUACCAGAAAUGUAACUUCAGGAAUCAGGCAGCAGUGUGUUACUUUGUGCUGCAGUUGGAGAAAAAGAAGAGAAAAUCUGUCAGGCAUGUAACCGAUGUCUUAGUUGAUCAGAAACAAAACAGCAUGGCAGUUAAAAAUUAGAGUGCAAAUACUAAUAGACAAAAGUAUUAGUUAUUUACAUGGGAUGCCAGACAGUAACACUCUGUACAAUACAAAACUGCAUUGUAACCAUAAGUGAUUGACUUUAAUUCGCUCUGCCCCCAACAUCAACGUCACAUCUGGGCAACUCAGGUCUUGUAGAAAAGUCUCUCUGUAUUUAUGAGUAGAGUGCACAUGAAUGACAGUAUUUGAGACAGGGAAUGAUGCACCUGUUCGGCACUACUGACUUUCAUCUUCUGAAAAUAAUUCUUAUACAAGACAAGUGGUACUUGCAAGAUCAUGUAAAUUUUGAGGAAAGUGACACUUUUCCAAGUAACACCUUGAGUACGAUACCUUUUGUUGUUUGCUUGCCGAACCUUCAAGCCAACAGAUUGACAGUCUGAAUUCUUUUCAUCAGAAAGAAUGAUUGCAAAGAAGAAUGCAAAGGACUAAAGCAUUUAUACAUUUUGGCUUUAUAGCUGGCCUUUGUUUGACUGUGCCAAUGCAGUACAAUGCAGGUGUCUUUAGAAUAUACUGCAUGCUUAUUGUCACUCUGCAUUUAAACCUUUUUCUCAUCAUGUUGGUAGCAUACUUGUAGAGCUGUUUUCUUGAUGUUGUUACAAGUCAUUUUAAAGAAUUUAGUGGGUAAGUUUACUAAAACAGUCAUUUGAUGGGCAUAACUGAAGUUGGAGAAAACUGGACAGUUUAACAAAUGUUGAUGCUGUACUUCUACACUGCACCACUUCAAAUUCAGAUUCCAAUUUUUGAGAUGCUAACCUGAAUGUUUUUUUAACCAUUUUCUGACCAGUGAACAGUCCUUGCACUAAAAUUCGAAUUGCCACAAAAACAUCUGUUCCAUUCAUGCAUUGCGAUGAGAAGCAAUCCAAACUCUGUUUACCUUCAGAAAGUAUUCAACUCCCUUCACUUUUCUCCGCAUUUUGUCUUGUUCAGAAUUGAUUAAAUUAGGAUGUUUUGUCAGUGAUCUACACAUAAUCACAUAAUGUUAGAGAGGAUUUUUAUAAAAUGAAUUAAAUGAAAUGCUAGUGCUAUGAGUCACAUAAGGCACAUCCAAAUUCCUUUAAAUGUCCAUGGCAUGUCUCUAUAACUUGAUUGUCUCAGUAGUCCGCCUGAGGAAAGUUCAGUUGAGAGGACACAAUUUAGAAUGAAACCCCAUUUGUCUACUAAAGGUCUAAGAGCUACGGGAUAGAAUACCCACUUUAUACAAGAUUUGAGAGGAGGAGAAGCACUUGGAGUCUCUAGUGUCUUUUGGCCCAGCACAAACUGCCGUGGUGGAGGAGCUGAAUGCCACAGUCUCUCUCCUGAAGACACUGAAGAACCUUGAUUUAGCCUAAGAGCCGGGCUUCAGGUCCCACUCAGCUCGACCCCACAACAGCUGGAGCCAUGGAUGAUUGCUGGCAGGCCUGGUUGGAGAAAGAUGGAAGGAGUGCUCCACGUCUAAUAUCAUCCCAGGUCGUCAAGCUGACAAAUAACCUGGUUAGGGAUGUUAGGGUUCCUGGAGUGGUGACGUACUGUUAUCGUGGUGCCCAAGAGGAGGAUGUCACUGCUAAAACUCCAUCGCUCCUUGAACAACAUCCGAUGGUGAAAAGCAUCCUGGCACAUGUUGCUUUUAACAACAUUAAAUUCCAGCAAGCUGAGAGGCGUCAGAACGUCUUUAUAGGUCUUACUGACACUGUAUUUGGAGAUCCGAUGUGUCAUUUCUAGGCCUCUUCCUUCACACUAACUUGACGACAUCAGCUUCACAUAUGGCUGAAGGGAUAUUGUGAAUCUCAAGGUAUUUUGUUUGUUGAUAAUUUUGCUCCUUUCCUGAACUGCCCACAUCUCAUCAAAAACAAUAGACUUCACCUGAAUGUGUGUGGAUCUUGGAUCCUGCCACUGCAUAUGGAGCUCACCUUGUCCAUUCAGUAUUUUUACAACUGACACUCGGUGAGUCAUUUUUAUGACACUCCCCUUGGUUUUAAUAUUCCAGUGGUAAUGACUGAUAGCUGGCUAAAGUAUCACUUGUCUAACUGCAGGAGUGUUGAUUUGAAUAACUUUAUUAUGAUUUGGACUGUUGGCUUGCAUCAGAAGGAAGCAAGUCAACGGGUCAUGAACCCAAAUUCAAAACAUAAGUUAUUAUGUUCUCUGCUGAUCAAUAGCACCCCUUGCAUUUCUGGAGGUUGUGACUCAAAUUUGGAGCAAACUCAGAAUGUAGGUAGUUCUCAGUAUGGAAAGCUUCUUACAUCACAAGGGCUAAGGAAUUAUUCAUAUGAAUGUUGGUGUUGGAUUUGAUGAGAAGCCUUGUAAGUGGUUUGCAAAUUAUCUCAGCAGUAGAACACAACAUGUGGUUGUGUUGACAAAGGUGUGCAACAGGGUUCCAUUUUAGGCCCACUUUAACCACAAUGUUUAUAAAUGAAUUAGGCGAAAAAAAGUUACAAACAGCACAACUCAUCUGCACGCAGAUGACCCUAUUACCUAUAUAACAGCACCCACUGAUGGCCAGGUGCUUCAAAACUUGAAUUGAUUGAUCUUAAAUUACUGUUAAACUUAGAUAAAACAAAACAGACUGUUUUAAAGAAAAUAGACUAAUAGAAUCAUGAAAGUAAAUAUUACUACACUUAAUGGGACACUGAUUGAAAGAGUAUCCUCUUAUAAAUAACUUGGUGUCUAGACUGAUGACAUGCUGUACUUCAAAAAACAUUAAUGAAUUAACUAAGUCCUUGAACACAAAACUGACAUUCUUUUAUAGACAUAAGACAUGUUUUACCCAGCAUUACAGAGAGUCAAUCGUUCAGUCAACCCUUUCAUCUCUUAUGGAUUAUAGUGAUGUAAUUUAUAUGUUCUCUCCUGCUUCAACACUUAAACUUCUCGAUACAGUCUGUCAUUUCACCCUUAGCUUCAUAACUGGGGAUGGCCUUAAAACACAUCAUUGCAUACUGUAUGAGAAAGAUGGGUGGCAGUCAUUGGCAGUGAGAAGGGAAUGGCACUACAUUCUAUUUAUUUACAAUGCACUCCUUGGCAAACUUCCUGGGUAUCAUACAUGUCUUUUUAACUACAGAUCAUUUUCACACUGCACUGGGUUGCAAGACUAUUUUAUCCUCAAAAGUCUUGUCAGAACUGAGAUUGAGAAACUAGCCUUCAAAGAUAAUGUUCCAUACAAGUGGAACAAUUUCCAAGCUUCAAGAAGCUUCCAAAAUUAGACAAGCUAAUCCCUUUCAAUUUCAGUCUCUUAACUGACAUGGAGCAGUGUGAAUGCAUGCAUUUUCAUUGAAUUAUUGUUUUAUUGAGUCGAUGUUUUUUAUUGUUUUAUUGCUUUUGUGUGCUUUCUUCCUCUUUAUUGUUCUCAUAUACUUUGUGUUUGUUUGUUUGUGUGUUUUGUUGCUUUUAUAUCUUGUUUUUAUUAUUUUAUAUUGCUUCAUAUUUGUACUGUAAUCAGGGCAUCUUUGAAAAAGAGAGCUUGCUCUCAAUGGCCCUCCCUGUAUAAAUAAAUG